AUGUCCAGCCUGGGGCUCCUGCUCCUGCUCUUGCUGCUGGCACCGCCACUGUGGUCCUCCUCAUUGCCACCGCUGGACACCCCAGAGGGCAAGGCUACCAUCGCUGACCUCAUCCUCUCAGCACUGGAGAGAGCCACCUCCUUCUUGAAGAAGAGGCUGCCCGAAAUCAACCUGGAUGGCGUGGUGGGGUUCCGGGUGCUGGAAGUGCAGCUAGACGGCGUGCAGAAGGAGUGGGCCCGGGACCCCCAGCUGCAGCCGCCCAGCUCGCGUGUAGGGAAGCUGGUGCAAAAGCUGGCACUUCUCCUCCACAGAUCCAUUUUCUACCUCAAGCUGAGUGAUCCCCAGUACCUAACAGAGUUCCAGCCCACCAUCCAGCCCGGAUUUUGGAAGCUCCCACGUGUUUGGACACACACCAAUGCCUCCAUGGUGUACCCCAAACUUGAACCCCAAGAGACCUUCUCAGAGGAACAAAGUGACUUGUGCCUGGUGCAGCUGCUGGGAACUAGCACCAACGGCAGCCAGCCCUGCAGACUCUCCGACUUCUGCAGGACCCUCAUGACCAAGCCUGGCUGCUCAGGCUACAGCCUAUCCCACCAGCUGCUCUUCUUCCUCUCCGCCAGAAUGAAGGGAUGCACGAACGGGCUGUUCCACCAGAGCCAGCACUACAUGAACCUGUUCUGUGCCAACAUGAUGGACCUGAACCAGAGGGUUGAAGCCAUCGGAUACGCCUACCCUAGCCGGGAUAUCUUCAUGGAAAACAUCAUGCUCUGUGGAAUUGGUGGCUUCUCUGACUUCUACAAGCUUCGGUGGCUGGAGGCCAUUCUCAGCUGGCAGAAGCCGCAGGAAGGAUGCUUUGGGAUGCCUGAUGCUGAAGAUGAGGAAUUAUCUAAAGUCAUUCAACACCAACAACAUUACUUGAGAAGAGUAAAGAGGCGAGAAAAACAAUUUGCAGAUGGCUGCUCCUCCCACAACACAGCCAUGGCCGUGGCGGCCCUGGGUGGCUUCCUCUACGUUCUGGCACAGUACCCGCCAGCAAACAGAGAGCUACAGAAAGCCACAACGACACCACCAACAGCCACUCAUGUGGAUGGCUCCGUUCCUGCCAACCCAGGAAGAUAAAACCAACACCUUUCAUCCUUCCCCCUGAAGUCCUGGGUCACACCCUGAGAAGGAGAAGGCUGAGAGCAAAGCACGCCAGCUUUGUCCCCUCAGGGUGCAGGGCCAGGGGAGGGGGGUGGGAUGGA